AUGUUCAUAACAUAUUUAGUGCUGGCUGCGACGCUCCAUAUCUGCGCGUCGGUAGCGGAGCCGGUACCUAACCGCCCGGCGCACACCGUCACUGUAUUACAACGGAGAAGAUACCAAGGUUCGGAACAGAUAGCUUCAGAAGAAUAUAGAGAAGAAAACCACAGCAGAGAAGAAGAAGAAUGGGAUUCUAAAGAACAGAAAUAUUCUUUUGAGCAUGAAUCGGAUGAGAUCGUUGAUGCUAAAUCAUUAGAAUCAUUUACUAAUGAUACGAGUAGUAAAGUUAUUGAUAACGUAGAUGAAACUAUGGUGGUGGCUUACUUCAAGACAACUGCUGGUUUGAAAACUGAUGAAGAGGCAUACGAGUUUUUGAGGACCUGCAGAGGAGCGAGGGGUGUUAAGUUCACGGUCAAACUGCUUAAGAAAUUAACGGGAACGGCGAAUCUGAAGGUGUAUGUACAUCUCAUUAAGAUAAUAACAGGAGAAGACGAUGCUGUACAGGGUCUAAAGGUGAUACAAAAGUUGACUGGACAUUAUGAUAUAGACGGCAUUAUUGAAAUACUACAGAGAAUAUCCGGGCGAAUAAGUUUGGAGGGCAUCAGUCAUCAAAUAUACAAACUGACUGGAGACGCUGGUCCCAAAGAGUUCCCGGGAGUGUUCGAAGCCUUGAAAUCAGAAGUUGAUUGGACCGCUACAUUCAACGUGCUGAUCACUGUAAUGAGGUGCAAUGAUAUAAGUGAGGCUAUCGUUGAAUUGAAGAAGUUGGUCGGCGUACAGACGUUCCCAGAGGCAAUAGAUGCCAUGAAACUAGCUACUGAACAGAUACAUUUCAGAUACGCGUUGGAAUCAUUCCUGGAGGAAACAGGAAGAGUUAAUCUGAAAGUCGUGAUCAAGACCCUGUAUCAACUGACGGGAAAAACUGAUUUGAUAUCUGUUUUGAGGGAACUACAGAGACUGUACAGAAUUAAUAAUAUAAUAAAAGUGUUCCAGACAGUUAAUCGUAUUUCCAAGAAGAGGGAUCCUCUUGUAGUUUUGAGUAACCUAGUGGACAUCACGGCAGCUGCUAACUUGAGUGAUUGUAGUUCUGUUUUCACAGGACUGACUUUCAAACAGAUGACCGCUCUGGAGGUGAUAGAAAAGAUUCAAUUAGAGACAGGCUGUACUGACCUCGUGGACUUCUUGAAAGGGAUGCUUUCAGUCACUGGAAACAGAGAUAUAUUUGUUCUUAUAAGUACACUGAAGCAGUAUACAUCAGCCGACCUCAUCACCAUGUUACGCUUCCUACAACGGAUCACAAACACCAUCAAUAUCGUUCAAGCCGUCGACAAGAUCAAUGACUUACUGGAAGUCAAAGGAUUCUUUGAAUGGAUCGAGCUGCUUCAUCACAUUUCUGAUACCGUAUUGGAAGAAGCCAUUGAAACAACGAUGCACUAUACCGAUAUAUACGAACCAAUACAGGCUAUCGAAGAUUUAAAAACCGUUACGCAACAAGAUGAUAUAAUUAAAGCUAUAAACUACAUCAAGGCGAAGAAACCAAAGUCUAUCGCCACAACAACAACAAAACAAGCACCGACAACGACAAACCAAGUGACGAGCGCUGAAACAACAGAGAAGCAAAUUACAGAACACGAAAAUGCUUCCGACACAUCAGAACACUUGGAUCAUUCAAAAGAACAGACCACGAAUGAAGAAAAGUCAGAACAAACUACGGAGCAUCCAGAAGAAACAGAACACAGCAUAGAAACCACAACUAAACCAGCAGAAUUAACAACUGAAGCAUCUCCUGAGACGACUACAGCACCAACCACAGAAGCAGCUUCAGAACCAGCAUCCGAAUCAACGACAGAAUCAACUUCAGAAGCAGAUUCACAGUCAGCUACGGAACCAACCACAGAAGCAACUUCAGAAUCAAACAAAGAGGCAGGUUCAGAAUCAACCACUGAGUCAACUUCAGAAGCUACCACAGAGUCAACUGCAGCACCAACUUCGGAAGCAGCUUCAGAAUCAACUACAGAGGCAACUUCACAAGCUACCACAGAGUCAAGUACAGCAUCAACUUCAGAAGCAGCUUCAGAACCAACUACAGAGGCAACUUCAGAAUCAACUCCGGAACCAAUCUCAGAGACAACCACAGAACCAACAGUAGUGCCAACCGAACAGUCAACUACAGAAUUACCUUCAAGCCCUACCACAGAAUCAAAUACAGCACUGACUACUGACGAAUUUGCGGAGCCUGCGAUAGAAACCACAACAGAAUCUAAAGUUGAUUUAGAAACUACAACAGCAACUCCCGAACCAACAGAACCGGCCACAGAAAGCGGAACCAAAACAGAAACAGUAACCAACCAAAAAACCGAAAUUACUUCUGGAAAAGAUUCAUCUGAAAUCAUUACUACAAUUACUACCAUCAGCACUACAACUACUACUACUAAUACUACGCAGCCGUCAAAUCCCGAAAACAAUCAACAACCAGCUACUAGUAAUGAGGAAAAACCAAAUACUUCUGAACAAGAAAAUAAAAUACCAGUUACAAAUGAUACACAAACUAUAGAAAAGAAAGAUGAUGAGCUUAGUAAACAAGAAGGGGACAAUAAAACGCCUUCAGACACAUCAAAGGAUGGUGAUGUCCAACCAUCAACAAAUGAACAAGCGACGCCGAGUGGCGAAGCUAGUGAUACUAAACAAUCAGAUAAACCAGAUAAUGUUAUAAUCAAUCAAUCUGAACCUACAACAGAGGCUCCUGUUACUGAAGGCACAGCUUCAACUUCGGAAAAACCAAUUGAUAUAAAAGACGAAAUAACUACAGACAAGCAAAAAGAAAAUUCACCUGAAUCCGCUGAUAAAGGUGACGAUAAAAACCAACCGGAACCUACUGAUAAACCAGUUCCUACUGAUCAAGCUACUCCAGAAAAUGAUCAAAAGGUUUUGAAUGAAAAUGCAAUCACGAAUAGUACAGACUCACAAACACCUAAGCCGCUCGAUCAAGAACAAACAACAGCCACUCCUGAUACGACGGUAUCACAAAUUACAGAAGCGGGAACGACUGAGGAUCCGAAUAAUGUUGCCAAUGAAACUUCACAACCUUCAUCCACUGGCGAGUUAAGUACAACAGAAGCAACAAGUACUUUGUCUAGUGUUACAGAAAACUCAGGCGCAACCCCUGAAUCUAAUAAUAAUAGUGAAAAAUCACCUGACUCCGAAAAUCAAACUCCAUCUACCGAUAAGCCUCAAGAUGCAAAUAUAACCACUAAACCAAGCGAUGAUACAUCCACUAAAAGUCCUGACGAUUCGUCAUCUUCUACGUCAACUUCAUCAUAUAAUCCAGAACAGAAAGAGGGUUCUAAAACAACAACUGAAAAACCAACAGAAGAAACGACAGGAGAUAAAACUACGGAAAUAACGCCAACAAGUGUUAGCACAGAGAGUUCUUAUAAACCUGAUAAUGAAAACGAAUCGACAACAACAGCCAACAUAACAAAUAUAGCCCAAAAUACAACUGAGAGCCCGAAUAAUGAGGAAAAAUCACCAAGUGAGAAAGAAUCAGUACCAAGUACCACCGAAAAUAACGCAGACAAUACCUCAGAGACUACAUCGAGCAACACAACUGACAAAACACCGAAUGAUGGCAGCUCUAGUCCCAAAGUCAAUUCUACGGAACCAAAAGACAAACCCGCAGACCCUGAAACAAAAGACAAAGUGCAAUCUUCGGAAUCUCAGUCAACAAAUGUUCCACCCAGCUUAAAACCAACUGACGCCCCAACAUCUGGACCACAAGAUCUUUCAACUGACCCACAAGCUCUCCAAGUAUCCAUGAAUCUGAAACUUCUUAUACUACCGAAGGGACCAAAGAACACCAAAAACUGUUACUGCGCCUGCGAGGGUCAAGAACCGCCGAAAUUGGUGCCAAUGCGACAACUUCCAGUCGGCAUAACUAGUAUUUAUAAGAAUUAA